AUGACCCCAGUGGCCCUGAGUCGAGCUGGGGCUCAGACGAGCCCCGUGGCUCCUGGAGGCUGCCUCCGAGGGGCUCCUGGCUCCCGGACUGAAAACAUCCCUUUGGGUUUUCAGAAGCACGACCUGGAGGUCGCGGUCAAGUGCAUUAACAAGAAGAACUUGGCCAAGUCCCAGACGCUGCUGGGGAAGGAAAUCAAGAUCCUCAAGGAAUUGAAACAUGAAAACAUCGUCGCUUUGUACGACUUCCAGGAAAUGGCCAAUUCCGUCUACCUGGUCAUGGAGUACUGCAACGGCGGGGACCUGGCCGACUACCUGCACACCAUGCGGACGCUGAGCGAGGACACCAUCCGGCUCUUCCUGCAGCAGAUCGCGGGCGCCAUGCGGCUGCUGCACAGCAAGGGCAUCAUCCACCGCGACCUGAAGCCCCAGAACAUCCUGCUGUCCAACCCCGGCGGGCGCCGCGCCAACCCCAACAACAUCCGCGUCAAGAUCGCCGACUUCGGCUUCGCCCGGUACCUGCAGAGUAACAUGAUGGCCGCCACGCUCUGCGGCUCCCCCAUGUACAUGGCCCCCGAGGUCAUCAUGUCCCAGCACUAUGACGGGAAGGCGGACCUGUGGAGCAUCGGCACCAUCGUGUACCAGUGCCUGACGGGGAAGGCGCCCUUCCAGGCCAGCAGCCCCCAGGACCUCCGCCUCUUCUACGAGAAGAACAAGACCCUGGUGCCCAUGUAUGAGUUUUUCCGUCACCCUUUCCUUGACGCCAGCGCUUCAGUGAAGAAGUCCCCGCCCGUGCCUGUGCCCUCGUACCCAGCGUCUCAGAAAGUGAAGGGGCGGCGUGGUCCCGGGGGGAGAGCGUCAGCCCCGUGUCUGGGCCUGGCCAGACUCAGUGGCCUCCCUCUGACCCAGUCCCUGGGCGAGAUGCAGCAGCUGCAGAAGACGCUGACCUCCCCCGCCGAGGCCGCCGGCUUCCUGCAGGGCUCCCGGGACUCGGGCGGCAGCAGCAAGGACUCGUCCUGUGACACCGAUGACUUCGUCAUGGUCCCGGCCCAGUUCCCAGGUGACCUGGUGGCCGAGGCAGCCGGUGGCAAGCCCCCCCCGGACAGCCUGAUGUGCAGCGGGAGCUCCCUGGUGGCCUCCGCUGGCCUGGAGAGCCACGGCCGGACCCCGUCUCCGUCCCCACCCUGCAGCGGCUCCCCCAGCCCCUCGGGGUAAGCAGGCCGGGCUGGGCGGCUGGGAGUGGGUCCCGAGCCAGGCUUCCCCAGCCCUCAUGGGUCGGGCAGCACCAGCCCCCUGGGCUUUGCUCGGGCCAGUCCAUCGCCCCCGUCCCACGCCGAGCACGGAGCUGCCCUGGCCAGGAAGCUGUCCCUGGGUGGAGGCCGGCCCUAUACUCCGUCUCCACAAGUCGGAACCAUCCCCGAGCGGCUGGGAUGGAGCGGGGUGCCCUCCCCACAAGGAGCCGAGAUGCGGGGCGGCAGGUCCCCUCGUCCAGGUUCCUCUGUGCCGAGCACUCGCCUGCCCCCCAUCCUGGGCUCUCCCACCAAGGCCAUGCCCGCGUUCGACUUCCCCAAGACGCCCAGCUCCCAGAACCUGCUGGCCCUCCUGCGUGUGACGCCCCCGCCCCCCACAGUGGUGCGGAAGCUGAACGAGCUGUACAAGGACAGUGUGCUGUCCUGCCAAGGCCUGAGCCAGCGGCUGCAGCGCUUCUUCCUGGACAAGCAGCGGCUGCUGGACCGCAUCCAGAGCGUCUCCGCCGAGAAGCUCAUCUUCAGCCACGCGGUGCACACGAGUUCAGGGGACGCCUGGGCGAGUCCCGGCACCGGCCAGGGGUUUAAGGUCUGCAGCACAGACCCAGCAGGUCUAUGGGUGUUCCUCCCGAUACUACUUGAAAUUGCCCUGUUCUUGGACUUGGAAGAAGCCCUGUGA